GCAAAAAGUCCACUGAAGGAUACCCGAUAAAUUUCUGCUCCUUUAUCUUCGCCUUCUCUCUUAUUCCCCACAAACAGCCUCCGCUUCUCGAGCCGAGCAAGAAAUCUCCUUCGGAGGCGAAAGAGAGAGAGGGGGAGGGACGGGCAGGGCAGGCAGAGGAAGCACGCCUGCCCAGAUCAUAACCAGGAUUCGAAUUUGCCCGCUCAUCAAUCAUGGUUAUUGAUUCAUUAUCAUCGCCUCACAGGAGGUCACAAAACACAUUCUUUCUGUCAUCCCCUAAGAAGCCUCAAUCAUCUCGUGAUGACGUUGGUAGUUGGUCUGCUCUGGUUGAGCGUCAUCGCUUUCUCUUGACAACGCUAGUGGUGCUUGCCUUCCUGUGCACAAUAUAUCUUUACUUUGCGGUGACCUUGGGCGCACCAAAAGCUUGCUCAGGGUUGACGGGAGAUGAAAUGACUGUAUGUCAGGAAAAAUCAGCCCUGCAACAUGGAAAGUUGAAAUAUCUCUAACUCCGCUUGACGGUUUACGAUGUGCUUGUGGUCCAAAGCCGUAUAUUCUUUGGUGGUGGAUGCUGAAAGGGCUUGUAUUGAUGCUGAUGUACAUUUUAAUGGAGUGAUGGAGGGAAUUGUCUGUGCUCUGAAGCGGUAUAACUGAGUAGGUCCCAUUUUAUUAUUUUCACCGUGUGGUAAAAGUAUCAUGGCACUACUAAUUCACCGUGUGGUAAAAGUAUCAUGGCACUACUAAUUCACCCGGAAGAUUCUGAUA